AUGAGUCGGGCAGCCGCGCCUGGGUGGGGUGUCCAGGCAGCAGUCGUGGGAAUGACGACGGGUCGGGAGAGUUUUGUCUCGCCCGCCCGCUGUCAGACUUCGUCUCGCUCGCCCGCUGUCAGGCUUCGUCUCACCCGCCCGCUGUCCACCACGGAUGCUGGUCUGGCGAUUCCCCGAGGUAGUGCGUAUCAGUCAAUCUUGCGGGAUGGUCUAGGUGACGGCUGGGGGACGCCACAUACCAGGGACGAUGUCAAUGAGGACCGUGAGCGCGUGGGGCCGUUGCCGCAGCUGGGUAGACUGGGCAACGCGAGCAAGUGGUAG